AUGGCCAAUCGUCCUGUCCAUUCGCGGCUGGCUUCUCGGGGGGAUCCACACAGGACCUUUGUGUUCCCUAUUGGUAUGCGCAGAACAGCUCUCUCCAGAUCCAUCCGGAUGCAAAAUACUUCACAAGUGUCUGCGGACGGGAUCAAACGUCGCAUCGACGUGCACCACCACAUUUUCCCCAACACCCUUCGCAAGGCAGAGCAGAGCAAGGCUGUCGGUUUCCGCACCCCCCCAGAAAAUUUGCCCUGGUCGCCAGCCGUCAGCCUGCAGGCUAUGGAUGCCCUGGGCAUCGACAUCGCCGUCCUCUCUCUGCCUGCGGGUGUCCCCUGCGGUCCAAUUGGCCCAGAGAAUUGCCAGGCAGCCAGAGAACUCAACCUGCUGAUGGCUCAAGUGUGCGAAAUGCACCCCGGGCGGUUUGGUUUUUUCGCAUGUUUGCCCAUUCCGGGUGACACGAACACUGCGCUUGAUGAGCUGGCAUUCGCUCUCGAUGAGCUGCAUGCGGAUGGUAUUGCCCUGCCGUCUUCAUAUGGCGAGGGCAGCAGCGCCACCUACCUUGGCGAUGACCUUUAUGAUCCGAUCUGGGAGGAGCUCAACCGCCGAGGGACUGUGGUGUUUCUCCACGGCACCCAGACGCCCUCUUCCAAUCCAUACCCACAUCCUUUUCUUGGCCUCCCCAUCACGGAGGUUCCUAAUGAAACAUACAAAGGCGCCGCACACCUUGUCGUCACGGGGAAGAAGCGCAAAUUUUCCAACGUCAAAAUUAUUCUCUCCCAUCUCGGAGGCAGCACAAUUUCGCUCGCCCCACGCGUCGCGGUGUUGUCCAAACAUAUGGGGUGCCCGCUGUCACCUGAAGAGAUCCUACAGGACUUUCAGAGUUUCUACUAUGAGACUGCGCUGAGUGCCCACAAGGCGACCCUCAGUGCACUCAAGAGUUUUGUCGGACCUGAUCGUGUUCUGUUCGGCACUGACUUCCCCGCGGUGAACAAGGACAUGGCAACUUGGUACACAGAAAAUUUGGAUCAAUUUUACAGUGAUGACCCAGAACAAUUGGAGGCCAUAAACAAUGGAAAUGCUCUCAGUCUCAUUCCGACCUUACGAAGAUUGCUUUCGAGGGCUAACGGAUCUGAGGCUAUGUAA